GUGUAUGCGGCAUCUUUCUUGAAUUUCGUUCCCAGAUUGUUUCGCUCGAUAAGGAAACCGUAAACCUGCCACCGUCGUUGCUUUAAACCGUGAUAGACGAGUAACGUUCGUGCGUCUUCCCCAUUAGCCACAGAAUAAACUCCAGUCAACCCUCUCGCACGCUCAACCAAUCACAAUGAGCUCUCUGCGGCAGCUAUAGAGGAGCGUAUAAUGAGACAGAGCCAAGUGCCGUGAUCUAGGUCAUGGUUGACGAACACGUACAGCCGGGAUAACUGUAUGACGUGAGAUGUCACAGUGAGAUGGGUCCGGGGUGCGUGCUGGAACCGGUCCCGUGAUGAACUUGAGCUCGCUGGAUUGAGCAUGUGCGGCGUGUACAGGCUUGCUUGAGCACGAGCCCGUGUGCACAUGCGUGGUUAGACUCUACAGAUCUAUCACGGCGAAGUAUCAUCACGGGUUUCUGCCUAAUAUUACCCGCGGCUGCCAAGUUCAGGCACACCAUGUACCAACCCCCGUCACGGGGGAAGAAAACAAAAACUAUUGUAUACGCUUACAACUCCCAAUUGUCUCUGAUUUCCCAUUCCCAUUUAGACGUGAGACGAGAUGCCAAGCGGUCGCGCCAGCCGGCCUAGCCCAGACUAGACGGCACGGUCUAUGCUUGAUUGCCCGCUAUACUCUCCUGUUCUUUCAUAUAUAGCGCAGAGCCCAGCCGAGACUAUAAUUUUAACCAUGUAUCAAUGAUUCAUUGUGGGUUGACACAGGUAUCAACUGCGUCAUGCUAGACUAAUAAACAUGACUUUCACCGAGCCUAUACCAUCCAUAAUAACCCACACUCCAUGAGAGAAACACAGCUGCGAGUGUAGCGAUUUACCUGUCGGCGCCACAACUUCCACUAGCGAUGUCUUAGACAAUUUUCUCGGCUCUUUGAGACGAAAAACACCUGGUCGAGAUAUUUCGAGGGGUUUUCCUCAAAAACAUGAUUGUCCUGCUGGCGUUGUGUUGUAUGGCCGGUGUAGGCACAGCCGGCAACUCCAAGAGGAGUCCUCCGUUGCUUUUGUCCAGACCUCUGAUUGUCAGCGACAGGGCCCAACCGUUGCCCUUACCCAGAGAAAUAGUGGACGGGAUCAUCAACCUGCCACGCUCUAAAGACCUGAACCCAAGCAAACUGCAACGCCGUCUGCAGUCCGAAUUUGACCCGCGGUGGAUGUCGAUAGACGCCCCUUCAUCAUCGUCACCUACCGGUGACGGGUCGGAGCUGGAGUCGAACCCGGCAACUCGCUCCGACACGCCGGUCUGGUUGCAGAAUGAGCUCCGCAAUCUCAACCUGUCGCACUCGCCCAACAACGUGGCUGGUUCUUUCUCGGCGGCCACCAGGAGGGCCCUUGAAAUCUGGCUCUUGGAGCGAGCCAGCUGCCCCGUGCGCUACGAGUGGGUAGACAUCGGACCGCUGUUCUGGCCGCCCUGGGUUAAACACGGCGCGUGCGUGGCCCGCCAGUGCUCCUGGCCGUCCGGCAUGAGCUGCGUGCCCGGUGAAACCAACACCAUCACCCUGCUGAGAUGGCAUUGUCGGUCAGCAACACCGGAAGAAUUAGAAGACAGGUCCUCCAAGAAGCGAAACAAGUGCCGAUGGCUCAAAGUGCCUUAUCCCAUCAUUUCUGAAUGCGUUUGUACCUGCGACACGGGAACUUAAUUAUCUUCAUCAUUGCCUUCUUAAAUCCGCCAGCUUAGCACUUGAAGGAGAAACAGUAUUAUCUAUAUAAACUGCAUGUGUAUUAACAUCUUGCUAUCUAUGAUAUUGCUUGCAACUAUUGGUGAUACGCAAUGGAGACUAAACUGCUAACAAUACCGAUAUGAUGUGUGUAUGACACCAGAUAUCAUCUCUCGAUUGAACUUCUCCUGAAAAUCACCUUUGCGUUUGAGGACCAUUGAGCAUUUCGACUUUGCAUGACCCGAUCAUCAAAACAGGACCGCAUCCUGCCGUGAACAUGUUUUUAUCCUUAAGUUGUAAAAUAAUUAAUGUAUUGUAUAAGAGUGUUUGUGUUCUGAACGUUAUGUAGACGAAUUUCAGAUAUAUAAGCAUUGAAACCAACGGCCUUAUAGUGCUCUUUUUUGUGUGUCGAUGAUUUAAAAAAAAAA